AACGGCUUGACGUGACUUCCGAACCACGUCGAGAGUGAACUUCUAUCACCAGAUUGACACAUCUCUCACCCCUCAAUGGAAUGCCCGAGAAUCGACCUCGCGGCCACCGAUUUGGCAGGCCAAUGCCAUACCGAUCACGCCACUGAGGCGCUCGAGAUUUUCUGUUGCACAUUGAACAACAGUUUACACAUUUUAUUUCACUCUGAGACGGAGGUGAGCUCCGUUGAAACGUAACGACCGCUUUUGGAAAUUGGAAACAAUAACCCUAUUGAGAAGACAACCUUCUCUAUCAGUGCCGACGUUCGCAAGGAAGGACUGACUCUCUUACUUAGAGGAGAUCCUUCAGCACUGCACCUCAUUCUGGCGGUAACGGAAGCCCCGAAAGGAUCUCCUCAGUUGUCGUUUGUUUUCGUGGAGGAGGACAGACUCAGCAUAUUUACGAGAGACUGAAGGAAGAAUCUUGUGAAGUGAUCACUGACGUAAAGCUUGAGGUGAAGCAUUAGUUAUUCUGAAAAGAUCUGAAUGACUGAGUGAAUCGAAUAUCAGGCAAAAGAGGAAAUACGUCUAUGUGCAGUGUGUAUUCCUAAUUCACAGAGUCGCUGGACAACUUGAAACCCGAACCAGGGUGAAGCAAUGAGUUCCCGAGUCGAGACGAUGGCUACGACUGUGUUUUGGAUACUUUUUGUGGUGGGCUCUGUAGUCUGCUACCCAGAAUUGGAAAUCAGUUAUGAAGAGAAGGACUUCGGCGAACCUCUUGAGGUAAAUGUGCCUGUCUCCGAGCCUCUUAACUGGAGGCUCAAGUCGGACUUAGAGCUUACUUUGAAUGUAAAAGCGGUUGGGAUACUCUAUCCUUAUACAGCCAAUUUUACAACCGUAAAAGGCGUCUGGAACCACUUACGCAUUACACAGGACAAAGUCGUACUGUCUGCGAGUGGCAAAGAACAGAGCAUGAAAAUACCUCGGGAGAAACGCAGAGAGACAAGAUAUAAUCGCAAAUACAGAAUAACAAUCCCGAAUAGAGUACAUUUGCAUUUAUGCAACGACGCCUGUGAACAAAAUGUCACUGGCGCAGCCAUCGUCAUUCUGCCAAUGGUCAGCUGUCUUAUGAUCAUCGGUCUGGUUGCUGUUAAUGUUUACUAUAAUCCGCAGAUGAAGACAAGUGUUCUACGUCUUUUUAAAGAAGGGCCUUUCUCCCACCCAGUGCCCGAGUCUUGGGCGCCACCUCCACCCCCGCGUAUCAACAACCACCACGGCAAUCAGGUGAACAUCAUCACCAUUUCCUCUAACAAUAACAUCGCGACACCUUCUGAACACUAUUACGAGAUCGUCGAGCACUACCCGAGGACUGACGUCAGCGUGAAUGCUCUCCAUAACCAUCGCCGAAGCCAUAGCGAUACUGCCUCUGAUGACAACGGAUACAUCCAGCCCAUCCCUGUGAGGGACAGCCUUCGCAGCGUCCCACGGCCUCAGCUUCCAAUAACUAUCCGACCACAGCGAUAGCACCAGCUUUUGGAAGUUACAAGAAACUUUCUACAUUUCUUAGAAGUUAAAGGUACCCACUGAAAAAUACACGAGGUGGAGGAAAGUUAUGUUUGUUUAUUAUAGAAGUAAUAAUCAAAUAGCAAUUGCUUUGUAACUUUAAACGUACCAUAUUUUUUAAAAAAUAAGUAUUGAGUACUCAACAGUUAUGGCCCUAUUUCAGCGCAAUUUGAAAAUAAGUAUGGCCUUUAUGUCGCACUAUUCAAGCAAAAGUUAAUAAAAUCACUGUUAUCUCUUGUUCCUGGGAGUAGAAAUGUCGUUCCAAGAGACAAUACUCAGUUAGCGAAAAAAUGCGCGCACACGCAGCGAUUUGCAUAAAAACGAAUGAUCGUUAAUGUCGUUUUCAUAUAAUUUGACCACGACCCAACUUCGCGCCAUCGGAAUAAUAACCUUCUUAAGAAAUAAAACUGUCCUUCAGUUCAAAAUAUACGUUUAGGACAAACCUUUGACAGUGAAAAGGAAACCGAUGUAGAAAUAUGCGUUUCAUAAAUUUUCUCGUAAUCUAUGUUUGGACAUGGAAAUUUAUAUCUACUGAAUGGCUGAAAGCAGUGGUUAUUAUUGUUAGUAUUUAUAUAUUUGUAAUGAUGUGAAAAAGUCAGACGCAGACUAGAAUGGAGAAAUAAAUAACAUUACAUACCAAACUGGAUAGAAGCAUUGAUUAGGCACUAACUAUUGAAAAUAAAAUGAGUAUAUAAGACAUUACCUUUGAACUGUGCCCAUAACUGACGGGAUAUAGUUAUCUGAGUCUGUAGAAAAAUACAUUUAUCCUUGCUGGUGAAACUGUAUAACAGCAUGAAUAUGGGAAAAUAGUUUUUCUGAGUAGCCUAAAAACUGAUGCUAAGUACAUUCUGAUUUCUUGUAAAUAAUUAUGUGGUAUUGGAAAAAUCUUGUUACUAUCGGAGCUCUAAAAUGAUUCUUGUAUUUGCUGAAAUAAAUUUAUUGGACUAUGGA